AUGCACCUCCAGCUCGGCGAGAUCUCAAACGUCAUCGUAUCGUCCCCGGAACUGGCCAGGGAGUUCCUCAAAACCCACGACCAGAACUUCGCCAUCAGGUCUCACAUGCUGUCGGGCAGCAUCGUCUUCUACGGCGCCAGGGACAUCCUGUUCUCGCCGUCCGACGGCGCGCACUGGCGGCGGAUGAGGAAGAUCUGCGCCAUGGAACUGCUGGGGGACCGGCGGGUGAAGUCGCUGCGGCCGAUUCGAGAUGAAGAGGUCGGGAAGCUGGUGAGGUUUAUUCGCAGUGAGUCACGCGACACAGCGGUCGUGGCAACAAAGUACGGAGGAGGGAUGGUGAACCUGAGCGAACUCCUGAUUGUGGCAGCCAACACGAUGGUCUCGAGGGCGGCGUUCGGAAAGAUCCGGGAGCUGGAGGGAUCUUUCCUGACGCUGGCGCAUCGGGUCGUCCAGGCAAUGGGAGGGUACAGCGUCGGGGACAUCUUUCCUUCCCGCCGGUUGUUGCGGCUGAUCACCGGAACAGAGAGAAAACUGAGGAAGCUUCACGAAGAAGGAGAUAUGAUCCUCCAAGAGAUAAUCGAUGAGCACUUAUGCAGGCGAUCGACGGGAACUAGGAGAGAAACAUAUGAUGAAGGAGAAGAUCUAGUCGAUGUCCUCUUGAAUUGCACCGAUGACCACGUUGAGGUUAAAGCCGUCAUUUUGGACAUGUUCCUAGCUGGGGGUGACUCUUCUCCCGAUGUUGUGGAAUGGGCCAUGUCAGAGUUGAUGAAAAACCCAAAAGAGAUGGGAAAAGUGCAAAGAGAAAUGAGGCGUGUGUUCGACAAAAAAGGGAAAGUCGUGGAUGAAGCUUGUUUUGGUGAAUUACAUUAUCUCAAAUUGGUCGUCAAAGAAACUCUCAGAUUACAUCCUCCUGUUCCUUUGUCGAUUCCAAGAGAGGGUAGAGAAAAUGUUGUGAUUGAUGGAUACCAAGUUCCAACAAAAACAAGGGUCAUCAUCAAUAUGUGGGCCAUCAACCGAGAUCCCUCGCAUUGGACCCAACCAGAUCAAUUUUUGCCAGAAAGAUUCCUCGACACUUCCAUAGACUACAAGGGUAAGGAUUUCCACUUCAUACCAUUUGGAGCCGGACGAAGAAUAUGCCCAGGAAUGAACUAUGGGACUAUUGUUGUUUAUGUUUUACUCGCAAAUCUGCUCUACCAUUUCGAUUGGAAGCUUCCAAAUCAAAUCAAACCCCAAGACUUGGACAUGUCUGAAGAAUUCGGAGCUACAACGGAGAGCAGACCCGAAGAAGUAUCAUCUUUCAAAUCCCCUGCUAUAUUAUGCAAAACAGAGUCUCAGAAACAGAGGGUGAACUCAAACGAUCAUGAGAUGAUGAUAAUCUCUUUGAUCACCAGUAACCCACCAAUCCUCCUCCUCGUCAUCAUCCUCUUCUUAACCCUACUUCUAAUCCUCAAAUCCCAUCUCAAGCCGAACAAUUCAACCUUUCCCCUGCCUCCAGGGCCAUGGAAGCUCCCCAUCAUCGGAAACAUCCACCAGCUAGCCUUCUCCUCCAACUCCGCCCUCAUCCACCACCGCUUCGCAGAAUUAGCGAAGCAGUACGGCCCCGUGAUGCAUCUCCAGCUCGGGGAGACCUCGAACGUGCUGCUGUCGUCCCCUGAAGCAACCAGAGAGUAUCUCAAAACCCACGACCACAACUUCUCGUACAGGUCUUACACGCCGUCGGCCAGCAUCAUCUUCUAUGGCGGCAUGGACAUCGCUUUCUCGUCGGAGGGGGAGUACUGGCGGCGGAUCUGCACAUCGGAGCUGCUGACGGAGAAGCGGGUCCGGUCGUUGCGGCCGAUUCGCGAGGCAGAGGUCGGGAAGCUGAUGAGGUUGAUUCGUGGUCGUAGCGAUCAGCGGGGGAGCGAGAAAUUGAGAUCAGAAGCCAGCAGUACUUCUGGCUCCGCCGCGGAUAGCGUCGGCGGCGGCGGAGCGGUGAACUUGAGCCAACUACUGAUCUCGAUGUCCAGAGCCAUGACAUCGAGGACGGCGUUUGGGAGGAUCCGGGAGCUGGAGGGAGCUUUCAUGCCGCUGAUGCGUCGGAUCACCGAGCAGCUUGGAGGGCUCAGCACGGGAGACAUCUUCCCUUCCCACAGAUGGUUGCAUCGCAUCACUGGAACAGAGAGACAGCUGAAGAAGCUCCACAAAGAAGCAGAUGCCAUGCUUCAAGGUAUAAUUGACGAGCAUUUAGCAAAAAGAUCAGGAGGAACGGAGGGAGAGGAUCUAGUUGAUGUGCUGUUGAGGUGCACAGAAGACCACAUUGAGGUUAAAGCCGUCAUCUUGGACAUAUUCCUAGCCGGGGGUGACCCUUCCCCUACUAUCAUUGAAUGGAUCAUGGCCGAGUUGAUGAAGAACCCUAAAGAGAUGGAAAAGGUGCAAAUAGAAGUGCGAGGUGCGUUUGAUGGAAAGGGGGGAGUAGUAGAUGAAGAUUACUUCGAUGAACUACACUAUUUCAAAGCCGUCGUCAAUGAAACUUUCAGGUUACAUCCUCCUGCUGCUUUAUCGCUACCAAGGGAGAGUCCAGAAAUAGUUGUGAUUGGUGGCUACCAGAUACCAACAAAAACAAGAGUCAUUGUCAAUAUGUGGGCUCUCGGUCGAGAUCCCUCGCAUUGGACCCAACCGGAUCAAUUUAUGCCGGAGAGGUUCCUCAACACGUCUCUCAAUUAUAAGAGGAAUGAUUUUAAAUUCAUCCCAUUUGGAGCUGGACGAAGAAGCUGCCCGGGCAUGAACUACGCGAUUGCUUCCGUGUAUCUUAUACUGGCCAGUUUGCUCUAUCAUUUUGAUUGGAAGCUCCCAAAUCAAAUCCAACCCUUUGACAUGGCUGAAGAAUUUGGAGCUACGGUUGCAAGAAAAAAUAAUUUGUAUCUCAUUCCCACCCCUUACAAUGCACCCUAGGUAGCAAGUAAUGAGGUGAUGAGUUAAGUCAAAGUGAUGUGUGAUUCCAUUUGUUUUAGGAAAAAAAUGUGUGGUUUUGGGUUUCCAUCUAGCUAGACACUCUUUUUGUAAUGCAUUUUUACUUCAAAAUGUAUGAAGUAAUAAAAU